GCUUUCAAGUGCAGUACACAACAGCAACGAUCAAACCUAGGGUGUAAAUCUUCUAAAAAAGUCAAACCAAGUAAUACUUUGCAAUUGAGUGAUUGUCUCGGAGCGGAGACACUUCUCAAACUAUUGAAGAAUUAUUCAAGAAGUACGAGAUCAAGAAGUCAAUCACUUUUGGUUUGGUUGGACUUCCCAAUGUUGGUAAGAGUAGUCUUAUUAACAGUUUAAAGAGAUGCCAUGUUGUCAAUGUCGGUGCUACUCCUGGGUUAACAAGGUCAAUGCAAGAGGUUCAUUUGGACAAAAAUGUUAAGCUGCUGGAUUGCCCUGGUGUUGUUAUGCUGAAGUCUCAAGGAAAUAAUGCUACUAUUGCAUUAAAAAAUUGUAAGAGAAUCAAAAAGUUAGAGGAUCCAAUUGGCCCAGUGAAAGAAAUUCUCAAGCUCUGUCCUGCCAGGGUGCUGGUAGCUCUUUACAAGAUUCCAAGUUUUGAUUCAGUUGAUGACUUCCUACAGAUUGUGGCUACUGUUAGGGGCAAGCUCAAGAAGGGUGGAAUAGUUGACAUUGAAUCUGCUGCAAGAAUCGUACUUCAUGAUUGGAAUGAAGGUAAAAUACCAUAUUAUACUAUGCCCCUAGUUAGUGAAGCAGAACCUUCAGAGGCCAAGAUAGUUCCAGAGUUUUCUAAAGAUUUUAACAUUGAUGAAGUCUACAACGGUGAAACUUCUUUUAUUGGUACCCUUAAAUCGACUAUUGACUUAGAUCCUGUUGAAGUUCCUUCAAGUUGCCCUCUUAACUUUGAUGAGACAAUGUUAGAGGAUAACGAACAUGUUACUUUGCCAAAACAAGAUGAAGCUCCUGAUAAAGUGGCUGACAAUGAUGAGGAUGAAUCCAUGGAAUAUGAUAAAGAUGAUGUUAGCAAGGACAAGGGUAAAACAGCAAGUAGUAAACAAAAUGAGAAGUUAUACACAGUAGAUGGUAUACUUAAUCCAAAAUUGAAGCGGGCAGAGAAGAAGAAAAAGAAGAAGGCUAACAAAGCUGGUUCAUCUGAUCCCAUGGAUGGUCAUUAUGACUUCAAAGUUGAUUACUUCAAAAAAGACAAAAUGGAUGUUGAAGGUGGCAGCGGUGAUGACGGCAAUGAUCGUCAUGAUGAACAAGUUAACUCUGAGGUUCCCAUGUCUGGCGUUGAGGUUGAUGAACGAUUAGGAUAGACAUGGUUUAAGGUUGCGCUUUGGAACAUUGCCUUUAUUUUUCAAUAUCUUAAAUUGUUGCAUUAGUUGAUACAGCUAUUGUAUAUACAAUUUUGGCAAGACAAGAACUAUGAUUUUCAUUACAAAGAGGAUUUGUUUUCAUA